CUAGCACAGGUGGAAUUACUAGUCUGUUUCUUAAAACCCAUCCCACCCCAAAAUUGAUGCACCUGUUUCUUAACUUAUGACCCGUUCUGCAGCCUCCCUACGCAAGUAACGCAACUGCGAAGGCGCAGUGCUAAGCACUAAGAGUAGAAGAGGCCAGAGGGAGUCCAGUCAACACCAGCCGACCUGCGGCCGCCUGCUGUCCAGGUCCCUACGUCGUCCCUUCGGUUCCACCGCUCGAGCUUCCGGCCCUCCACUCUCCAGGAGGGAGUAAAAGGGAAUGUUGAGCCUAAGCAAAUAUCCUAUCCCAAUUUAUUGUAAUGGCCAUCAUUAUUAUAGAAUCAGCUUAGCUCCUUCCUAUAGAAGCCCCAUCUUUUUGGGUGCUUUCAUCCCAAAGCACCUAAACCCAUACAAGCAUCUGUUAUCAUCUUCUUCUGGAAUGUUCUCCAAUGAAACUCAAUCCUGUGUCCCCGUUUCGCCCAGAAGAGUCUCUAUGAAAGCUCAAAAAACGCCUGACAGGAGCAACAAUUCAGUGGUCCCAUCUGAAAUGGUUGUUGGUAUUCUAGGAGGAGGACAACUUGGGCGUAUGUUGUGCCAAGCAGCAUCACAAAUGGCUAUCAAAGUUAUAAUCUUGGACCCAUUGGAGAACUGUCCCGCAAGUUCGUUGGCUCAUCAUCAUGUGGUGGGAAGCUAUGAUGAUAGUUCCGCUGUUGAAGAAUUUGGGAAAAGUUAGGUGUGAUGUGCUAACUGUUGAGAUUGAGCAUGUUGAUGCUGACACAAUUGAGAAAUUGGAGCAACAAGGUGUUGAAUGUGAACCUAAAGCUUCUACAAUCCGAAUAAUUCAGGAUAAAUAUCUUCAGAAGGUCCACUUUUCAAAAUAUGCGAUUCCGCUUUCUAACUUUAUGCAGAUAGAUAAUUUUGAAAGUGCUAAAAGAGCAGGUGACCUCUUUGGGUAUCCACUAAUGGUGAAGAGCAGGAGGCUUGCCUAUGAUGGGCGUGGCAAUGCUGUAGCUAAUAGUGAAGAGGAUCUUUCUUCUGCUGUUAAUGCUCUAGGAGGAUAUGGUCGUGGUUUAUAUAUUGAAAAAUGGGUGCCAUUUGUGAAGGAGCUAUCUGUCAUUGUUGCAAGAGGAAGGGACAAGUCUAUCCUUCCCUAUCCUGUGGUCGAAACAAAACAUAGGGAUAAUAUUUGUCACAUCGUGAAAUCACCUGCUAAUGUGUCAUGGAAAGUUAUGAACCUUGCUAAUGAUGUGGCCUGCAAAGUUGUUAGUUCGUUAGAAGGCGCCGGUGUUUUUGCUGUUGAGCUGUUUCUGACUGAUGAUGAUCAGAUUUUACUUAAUGAAGUGGCUCCAAGACCUCAUAAUAGUGGACACCAUACUAUUGAGGCUUGCUUUACUUCACAAUUUGAGCAGCAUUUACGAGCUGUGGUUGGCCUUCCACUAGGUGAUCCAUCAUUGAAAACAUCUGCUGCCAUCAUGUACAAUAUACUAGGUGAAGAUGAGGGAGAACCAGGCCUUGCUCUUGCUCAUCAGCUUAUUGGAAGGGCAUUGGGAAUUCCUGGAGCUUCUAUUCAUUGGUAUGACAAACCAGAAAUGCGAAAACAAAGAAAGAUGGGUCACAUCACGUUUGUGGGGCCCUCGAUGAGCAUCGUGGAAGCAAGACUAAGAUCUGCACUUGGAGAAGAUGUCAAGGAUGGCCCGUCUUAUGUUGCACCACGUGUCGGAAUCAUAAUGGGGUCUGAUUCAGAUCUUCCUGUUAUGAAGGAGGCUGCAAAGAUACUUAAAGAUUUUGAUGUGCCCACAGAGGUAAGAAUAGUGUCCGCACAUAGGACUCCUGAGAUGAUGUAUUCUUAUGCUCUGUCUGCAUUAGGACGUGGCAUUCAUGUAAUAAUUGCUGGUGCUGGGGGUGCGGCCCACUUGCCUGGCAUGGUUGCUGCAUUGACUCCAUUGCCCGUCAUCGGAGUUCCAGUACGAGCCUCUGCUCUGGAUGGAAUGGACUCUCUAUUGUCCAUUGUUCAGAUGCCCAGAGGUGUCCCAGUUGCAACCGUUGCUAUAAACAACGCAACAAAUGCCGGUCUGCUAGCAGUGAGAUUAUUAGGGAUCAGUGACAUGAAACUGCAAGCAAGAAUGUCUCAAUAUCUAAAAGACCGACAAGAGGAGGUCUUGGUUAAAGCAGAGAGGCUAGAAAAAGGUGGCUGGGAAGAGUACUUGAAUUCUUAGCAGGCAGGUGGGCAGAUUACUGGUUUUGCUGGAACUUGAAGCGUUUGCAGGGAAGCCCAACGCCCCAAAGCACUUCCCUGCAUUUCCUUCAUGAAGUCCCCCUUUUUGUAGUUUAGAUUUUACAGCCUCAACUUGUAAAAUGCUUGUACUUUUACUCCUAGUGCUCGUCUGUUAGCUUGAUUUUAAUGAAAAAUAGCCUUCUCAACUGUAAUCAGCCAGUUUUUUUUAUUUUUGUAUUUUAUUUUUUUGUAGACGGAAGCAUCAAUAGGAUUUCCUAUUUAAUUUCAACUCAGUGCUUGGUUUGUACUUUGUAAGACCUUAACCCCAUUUGAGAUUUUGAGCUAUAGUUCUCAGAACCUAUGCAUUUG